GAUUCAGCAGAGAGUUGCUCGUUUAAAUAAUUGUUCUUCUAAUUACCUUUUUCUUUAUAAUUAAUCUCAUAUUAAUUAAUUUGUAAUCUAUGAAAACACAGACGAUAGACCUGAAAGUAAGGAUGUGCUGCAAUGGAUGUGAGAGGGUGGUCAAGCAUGCCAUUUACAAGCUGAGAGGGGUGGACUCGGUGGAGGUGAACUUGGAGAUGGAGAGAGUAACGGUGGUUGGGUACGUAGAGAGGAAGAAGGUGCUCAAGGCCGUGAGAAGAGCCGGUAAACGAGCCGAGUUCUGGCCCUACCCGGACAUGCCUCGCUACUUCACUUCUUCCGACCAUUACUUCAAAGAUACCACCCGUGAGUUCAGGGAGAGCUACAACUACUACCGCCAUGGCUACAACCUUAGCGACCGUCAUGGUAACAUCCACGUCACCAACCGUGGUGACGACAAAAUGAGCAACUUUUUCAACGACGACAACGUCCACGCCUGUAGCCUUAUGUGAUUUCCUGUCUUUUUAGGUAUCUAUGUGUUUAUACAUGUUGUAUCGUUUAUAGGGUUGAUUAAUUAGUUUUUAUGCAUAAGCAUAAGUGAGACAAGAAAAAGGAACACAAUUU